AUGGCCUCGAAAUAUGAGAGGACGGUGCCUGUCACAAGCGAUAUCUUCGUCGCUGCUGGCGAUCGAUUUCUCAAAUCUCUAAGUCCCGAAGACAGAUUGAAAUAUUCGCCUUGUCAGUCGGUCGAAGAUUUCAAGAAGUCUGUUAAGGCCCUAGAGGAUAUCAUACAGCACACAGCACACCGCUCAAAGCCGCUCCGUUGCGUCUACUCCGUGUCGAAACAGCUUGAACCAUACUUCGAUGUUGUAAACAUUCUCGUGUCCUCUAAUCCAGAGUACUCAGCACUCUUCUGGGGCGCCUUUCGGCUCGUUCUUCAGGUGGGUUAUGCUUUGAAUACGUUUUUCUUUCCUAGUUCUGACCGAACUGCUAAACUCCUCGCGAGACAGUUAUCAAGCAACAUCGUGACUUUCUUCAACAAGCUAUUGGAACUCCUCGAACAACUUCUGGCAGUAUUUCCGCGCUAUCAUGACAUCGGCGAAUUAUGUAACGAUGAGAACUCAGGACGCAUUCGUAAGAAUGUUGAGGAGGUCUAUGUUGACUUCUUGGAGAUUCUUCAGGCUGCUGUCACGGUUUUCACACGAUCUAGUGGGAAGAUCAAGAGAACGCCUGCUGUAUUAGGAAGCUUGCUUUGGAAACCAUUUGAUGCCAGAUUCAAGGACUUAAUCGAUAAAAUGGAGGUUCAUAAGCACAAUGUCUCGGAGGAGAUCAAAGUUUGGAGACUCAAAUGUGAGGAUAAGCAAACAAAAGCCACUGCAAGGUGGCGCGAGUAUGCUCAAAAGGAGCAUGAAGAGGCCGCCAAGGAACGCGCGCUUGCACAGGAAGAGAGGCGUUUGAUAGCCGAGGAUAGAAGACUCGCGGACACUAAACGAGAACAAGAUGAGAAGCUACGAUCCAAGAUCGCAAUGCUUUUGUCCGACAUACAAGAUGCAAAAGCUAUUAUGGAGAGACACCGACUUGAAUCAUCUGUUUCCAGAAUCCAGGAAUGGCUACGGCCUUCAGACCACGUAGACGCACGCGAGAUGAACUCCAGGACGCGUCAUCCAGGGUCUGGUAAAACGGUUCUAGCCACCUCGAUUUUGGACGAGCUCGAAGAAACCAAUGAUCAUGAAGAUGAGAUCACUCCUGUCUUGUACCACUUCUUCCGUUUCAAUUCGGAGGUUUCGAAAGACCCUGCAGCGGCUUUUCGCUCGCUUUUGAGUCAACUUCUCUGGUCCUGUCGAUACGACAAAACAAUGGUGGAUAAAUUUGCUUUCAUGAUGACGUCCAAGUCUCAGGGACAACUCGACGCAUCUGAAGCGACUUUGAUAGACUUGCUGGAGACCAGUCUUACUAGGAAUACCGUUGUAGUCGUCGAUGGGGUCGAUGAGUGCAGUGACAGCGAUUCCUUCGUCUCUUCACUUCUUCGCUUGUCGUAUACCUGCAGUCCGAGGAUUCUACUUUUGAGCCGCAUCAGUGUACCUCGUUUGCAGCGCUCAGUUGGACCCGAUAUACAACUGCCCAUUCCCAAGCAAGAAAUAUCAAAUGACAUUCGUCGAUUCUUUGGAAGAGAACUCGAGCUUUUGAUAGAGGAAGAGAUCCUUCCAGAUUCGGCGCAACACGACUUGGAACAACUGACCGAUCACCUGGUCAAAGGUGCAGACGGCAUGUUUCUUUGGGCACGAUUAAUGAUGGAGUUUUUGCGUUUGACACCACUCUCCAAGAACAGAAGAAUGCAGGUCAUAGUUGAAAUCAACUUUCCCGAGGGUCUGGAGAAAAUGUAUAACCGCAUACUCUUGCUCAUCACACAAUCUGGACAAUCAGCGUGUCAAAUUGCAGCACGAAUUCUCACUUGGCUUGUACAUCAUGCCGCACCUAUGACGACCCAUCAAAUCCGGCAAGCCUUGAUUAUUGAUGGCUUAUGGUCUCAGGACAACUCCAAAGAAGACAUCAGCGAGUUUGAGAAUGCCGCGAUUAUGGCUUCCAAAGGCCUCGUAGAGAUCGUUCACGAAUCAAAGUCCAAAAAGUCCGUUCGGGGUCUACAGCUAGUACAUCUCACUGCCAAGGAGAUUCUGGUCCGCCGGGAUUUGGGUUCCAGAUCUGGAGAAUCGGUACCCGGCCAUGAUCUACUUCAACUGCCGGUGCUUGAAAUAGCUCACCUCAAGCUGGCACAUUGUUGCAUUCGUCAGCUGUUAUACUAUACUCCUUCCAGCCCUUUGUCCAAGAGCCACAAGCAAAGUCUGUCAAGCAAUGAGCUAUCCAUAUGGUAUCCGUUCACGGACUACGCUGCUAUCUAUUGGAUCCACCACACGGCUUCUUCAAACACGGACCCCUUCCAUUUAAUGGAAUCAGAUCUGAGAGUGUCUAGGGAAUUUGAGGAAGCUUUCCAGUCAUUUGCAAAAGAUUUCAGAAUAUUUAUGGAAAGUCCAAGGACCAUGACAGCUUGGCUUGAAGCCUACUAUACUACGGGACACCACGCUCGUCCCACAGGCUCCGGCCUUCGAGAGUGGGCUAGCUGGCUCUCCGAGAUCACACAAACAACGAAUCUCAGGGUUGAUGGUGCCCUUCUCGGUUUGCUAUUUGAGUUCCGCCAUGAUCUUGACCGCAUAGUCGAGGUAUGGCACCAGAACCUGCUCAUCACGCCACACAUCGUUUGGGAUGAGACUAAUGCCUCCGGACUCGUGGCAAGCCAGUUAUUUUUCUCACCUGGUAGCGCAAGGGUCAAAUCUCGUGCACCGGAGAGACCUAAUAUCAAUGGUCUUGCAAGUCAUCCAAAGGCAUCGAUUUCGGCUACUUCUACGGACGGGUCUUUUCUUGGAGUACUAAGCGUUUGGGUGGGUGAGGAUCACCAGUCUACAAACAGUCUACCAACCUCUCGAUUUCCUCGAGGAGAAAACUCUCGUAAACGUUUCUGCUCUCCUGCUCUAGAGCUUCAAGAGCAGAGAUCUGAAUCUGAGGUGUCGACCGUCGCACACUUUGCCACCUUCGAUCUCUGGCCACUUGAUCUUGAUGGUGUUCGGCUUGCAAGAGUUGUCGUUCAGCUUGACGCAUCAAACAUCCGUCUCUUCUACCAAUCUCAACCUCUUCCGUUGUCAAUAAGCCCUGAUACUUUGUCAUUCUCUAUAUCGCACAGGAUAUGGAGGCUGGAUCCAGCAAUUGAUUCAGUCUUGGGCGGACUUCUCAAGACUCCAUGGCCGGAGCCUGUAUGCUACAAGACAAUUGAUCUGCCCAAUGGUGCUUUGCAUUUCGAACAGUCUGCUUUGAAAUUGAUUUGGAGCAAGAUCACUUUCAGUCCUACAGGGAAGUAUGCAAUACUUGCCACGAAGGUUCAAAAGCCACAGGUAGACAUAGAGCACGUGAUUGACCACAUACCGCCACGAGUGAAAAUGUCAGCCUUCGAACUGACAUCCAGUCACGAUUUGCUACCGUUGGCGGCCUUAGAUUCCGAAUCCCUGGGAUUGAGAGAUGAUAUCGAGAUUCUUUUCCACCCCACGCAGAGUUUAUGCGCUUUCUGGACCCCAACAAGUUCUUCGGGAAACAACAAUCAUCAAUCAGUAGCCCAACCUGCCUUCGUUGAUGCUGUCCAAUUUUCUGACUGCGGGAGGUAUCUUGUUUGGAAGGCACACGCAGCGUUAGUGACGGUCACGCCAAUCCCAGAGGAUUUGCUCGAGGACACGGACUCUAAAGCAGCCAGUAAGACGAGGGAGGACUCAGAUCUUCUUGAUCAAGAGACCAAGCAGCAUUGGUAUCUGGACCGAGUCAGCGCUAAUAAUAAAAUUGGCGAAGACUAUGGAGCCCAGCUUCACAAGAUUGGUGCUGGUCGAGCUGUCAAGAAUUUUUCGACGUCGGUGGGCUCAAAAGAUGGGGCGGCGGUCAUGCGAAGUAGCAUAACAGCCGAGGGGCUCGAACUUCAGGUCUCACAACUGGAUGGAUCGAGAACAGAUGUCGUACAGAUAACGGCGCUCCCACAUUGGGCAGGAUCCAGCAACAGCACACCUGAAAUACGAUUCCCACGGACAGAAACUGGAAGUGCUUCAGUAGUUAUUCAUAAAACCAAUGCAGAUGGACCUGAAGACUUACAGCUGCCAUUGGUAAUAGAGCGGGAUCCCAGAUUUUUCAGAACGCCACAGCGCUUACAACAGCUGGCGAUUACCCACUGCUCGGAUAACGAAGAUGAUGAUGGCGAUGAUGGCGAUGAUGGCGAUGAUGGCGAUGAUGGCGAUGAUGGCGAUGAUGAUGGCAUGUCCCAUUGCCUUCUUGACAGCGGGCUUAAGCCACGGGCAGAUUUUGGAUAA